AUUACUCAGUGUCAAAUAUGCUCUUUAAGUUUUAGUAAGGCCACCCUGUGGGCCACAAAGAGAUAUCGAAACAAUUUGAAUUUCCCGCCCAAAUCAGAAAAUGUCGGGGUUUAAACGUUUUUUACACAACUACUUUUUUCUCCCAUUCCACGUUGUUUGUAAGUAACAACACCAUAACAGUAAAUCCAGUUACAUAAAUUGAUCCACACUUACGACGACAUUAGUGGCCAGCACGAGAAUUGGGCGGUUUGUCGGGCUUUGAAUGAGCAAUGGGGCCCUCCUUUUGGGGUCCUACCGAUCAUUUGUUCGUUUCUCGCCGUCUUACGCCAAGGAAAAAAGAUCCGACCCCGGCGAAGUGACUCUUCAAAAGGCCGUUGGAGAUUGAGUGAUUUGCGGCCAGUCUGGUGGGUUCUAUCCAAGAACAAAAACGACAUCAGCUCGGAUAUUAACCCUCUUCAAUGCUUGAAAAUUGUUAUGGGCCAAAUUGACGGUCAAGCACCAUUGCAUAUUGAAAAAACAACCACUUCCUCUCCAUGAAGGCGCUCCAGGACCAAACAAUCCAGAAUGGGGUCUCUGGUUGGGAUCUCACACGGAUAUCUCACCCUAGGGAUUCUUGUCUUCGUCACGCGUAUCCCCAUACAGGCUCUGGACUUUCAAGAUAAAGUUUCUCGUUUUGGUCGAGUAUUGUUAUCCAAUGGGAAUGACUCCCAAACUAUGGCCCAAUAUGCUACCCAAGCGACCCCAGCGGCCAAGUCUCGCAAUAAUGAAGCUCCUUCAAGUGUUCGAAAGAUUCCAUAUGCGCCCACCAAACCUCGGAAUUAUAACCAGACUGCAGACAAUGUCACUUUCCUCUUGGAUAAUUUGCUCAAGGACUACGAUAACAGCCUCCGGCCAAACAUUGGAGGCGAGCCUUUGAUGGUGGAGAUCAACAUGCAAGUCCGCAGUAUGGGUCCAAUCUCUGAGGUGGACAUGAGUUACUCCAUGGAUUGCUACUUUCGUCAAUCCUGGGUGGAUCGACGUCUCGCUUUUUCUGGACGAAAAAAUCUGGCUUUGAGCAUCGAGAUGCUGCGCAAGAUUUGGAAGCCUGACACCUACAUCUACAACGGAAGGAAAUCCUAUUUACACACCAUUACGACACCAAACAAAUUCAUGCGAUUGUUUCCUAAUGGAAGGGUUCUCUACUCUCAGAGGCUAACAAUCAAGGCCUCGUGUCAAAUGGACUUGUCGGACUUUCCCAUGGAUAAACAGAAGUGUCCCCUACAAAUUGGAAGUUUUGGAUACACGAUCAAUGAUGUCAUCUACCAAUGGACCGCCGGGCGCGGGGUAAACAUUGCUUCCGAUAUGAAACUCUCCCAAUUUGAUCUGAUCUCAACCCCAACGGGAAACUCAACCACAUUUCUAAACAAAGGACGACAUUCCACUCUGGUAGUGGGAUUUCAUCUCCAAAGACACAUGGGCAACUUCGUGAUUCAAGUCUAUGGGCCGUGCGUUCUUCUCGUGGUCAUCUCCUGGGUGUCCUUCUGGCUAAAUAGAGAAGCCACAUCGGACAGAAUAUCAUUAGGUGUCACUACUGUUCUGACCAUGACUUUCUUGGGACUUGAAGCCAGAACCGACCUUCCGCAAGUGGCUUAUGCCACGGCUCUGGAUUAUUUCGUCUUCGUCUCUUUCAUGUCCAUUUUUGCAACGGUCACGCAGUUCGCAGUAGUCCACUAUUUCACCAAGGUCGGUUCGGGGGAAUACUAUUUGGAAGAACUUGAAGAAACCUUUUGUGCCCUCGAAAUGAAACGUAAACUCAUUCUCGAGCAAGGUCUAUUUGGUAUGUUCUAAGAUGACGCCGACGAAGAUCAAGACCCCAAUGACGAGGAGUUCAAUGACUAUGGAGAAGACGAGGUCUUGAUUGGGGAUCACAAUCAACACCCGUCAGGCAUGUACCAUCACUACCGAGAUCACAACGGUCAGAAGAAAACCCAAUACAUGGAAGAGAUCAGUCUCAUUGGUAAUUCUUACAUUUCCGCCAACUCCGAGCCCAAAAUCAAUGAAUUUCAGACCCCCGAUCCAGAGGAAUACCUUGAGCAGACAUUCCUCCACCACAACCAUUACCACACGUCCACGCCCAAUUUUCAGGAUGCGGCAUAUCGAACGCUUCCAGCCAUAGGAAACCAUUCAAAUUCCUCCUUCCUUACGCCAACGCCCCCACCACCACCCCUGGCGGUGAAAUCCCGACCCGUGCUCACGUUCCAAGACGAUAUAGAAAAUAGUUCAUCCGCUUCCAAGGAAAAGAAUUACCUUAAUCACCACCCUUAUGGAACAUUCUACUACAGCAAGAAGAACGGGCGGUGUGGAAAACGGGCUACGGCCUCCCACACACUACGAAAAAGCCAGUCCAUGAUCUCGAAGGGAUCCUAUCACACCAUGCCCAAUGGAAGACGAAGGACCAAGGGCCAAAAUGGAACCCAAAGCAUCAGCACGUUGGGACGAUCCGUGUCUUCGACGUCAAAUUUGAUCAAUGCUGGGUCCAAGGACGGGAAUUGGAACUCCGGGGAGCCUUCGGAUCUGGAACAAUGUGGUUGUAAACGAUGCGUCACGAGAGCACUAACGAAUACGGAGAAGGCCUUAAAUUCGGUAUCACGGAUCGAAAAGAUCUCUCGUGUGGUGUUCCCGCUCAGUUUUUUCGUGAUCAACUUGUUUUAUUGGUACAAGUAUUUGAAUCACAGUGAGCGGAUCGACUUGAGUUUUGAAACUGAUUAAGUGGAACUACCGAUGCUUCAUAAUUUUCAGCGAUUUGAAGAAUCCGAAGGAACAACUUGUACUUGUUGUCCAGGGUGGCCAAUAAUUUUAUACUCCUGUUUUGUUUGGCUUUUGUACAAUCUGCUGGAUUUCAAUAUAUACGUACAGAUGUGACAAUGCAAAUCAAGUACUCUGUAGUGAAAAAAAAAAUAAACGAGCUGGAAAUCA